UUUAAAUGAAAAAGAAAUUAUAAAAGAAGUGGGACCCACAUCACUUUUUAAGUGAAUUGUGAGACCAAAAAUUGGUCUCUGCCUUUUUCUCUCUCUCCCGACAAACGCCUCUGCUUCUCCUUCUUGUCUUUUUUUUUUUUUUCUUUUCUUUUCAUUUCAAGCUUCCAUUGUUGAUUACUCCUUCAUCUUUUGUCGGAUUGAGGUGCCGUUUGAGGCAAAACGAAGCUUGUGUCGAGCUCUACACAUCCAUACCAACAAUUCCAGAUUUGGUGCACCCUUUGAACUUCGAAAUUUAGGACCCAUUUUCUAGGGUUUGCUCAUUUUUGAGCACGAUGUCACGGCGUGAGGAACCUAGAGAAGUUGGCCCUAGACCAACAAGGGGUGAUGUUGGUGAGAGCUCUAGCUCCAAUCCGGCGGAGCCAGUUGAUGAGAACAUGCUUGUUAGGGACUUGAUUCCCCCAAGAGCUGUUCCCUCAAGAAGAGAGAAUGUUGAAACACCCGUACCCGUAGAAGUGGGUGAAGGUUCUGUGGCACUGGAGUUUAAUCGUUUGUUGCAAAAUGUCGUGAGGGCAACGAUUGUUGCUCAGCCGCAGUUGGUACCACAACCUACAGUUCGAGUUGAGGAGACUCCAGCUCAGAAGCGUCUCAAGAUCAUUAAGGGGUUUUCUCAGCUGAUGCCGGUUAUGUUUGAGGGCGGUGCGGAUCCAAUGGUAGCCGACAACUACAUGGACCAAGUUGAAACUCAGUUGACCUCAAUGGAUGUGACAGAGGAUCACUUGAAGAUCAUCCUAGCAACUUACAAGUUUGCUAUGGAUGCCAAGGUUUGGUGGAAGUCGAUCACUAACCAGUACAAGAUUGAAGAGAUGAGUUGGGACAAGUUCAAGGAACUGUUCUAUGAAAAGUACUUUUCGCUUUCCAAAAGAUGGGAGUUAAAAGACCAGUUUCAUAAUCUUAUUCAAGGGAACAUGUCAGUGGCAGAGAAUGAGAACAAGUUCACCUCACUCUCCCGUUUUGCUCCAGAAGUGGUGAGAGAUGAAGCUAACAAGACUCGGAAGUUUGUAUCGGGUCUUAAUGAUCGAAUGAGGCCGUUGAUCACGGCACAGUUUAUUAAGGUUUACUCUGAAGCAGUGGAAAGGGCUUUGAUGCUAGAGGCUGACAAUAGAGAGAAGGAUGCAAAAAGAGAGCAAUUGAAGCAAAAGAGGGGUGCAGGGCCAUCCUCAGAGGGAUCUUCUUGGAAAAGGAACAGGGGCAGUCCAUCUCAGUUUCAGGGGCAACAGUUUACAAGAUCUGCUCCUACCACUCCUGUGCCAGCUAGAUCUGACAGGAGUGCAGUUGUUUGUUAUCAGUGUCAGCAGCCCGGACAUUACAAGUCCAGUUGUCCGAUGAGAUCAUCUUCAGUUUCGUCAGCUCCGAAGGCUUGUUAUGGGUGUGGCCAGCAGGGUCACUUGAUUCGUGAUUGUCCGAGUCAGAGAGCAGGCACCAUUAGUGGCAGAGGGUCACAGCAGAUGCCGUCACAAUCGGCUACAGUUCAGUCAGGUUUCAGACCACCACCACCACAGCCUACUAUGUCUUCACAGGGUUCACGAUCAGUUAGGAGGGAUACUCCUACUAUGUCAGUGCAGCAGUCAGGUGUUCAGGUUGGCAGUCCUCAGGCACAGGUACCUCAGGGACGUGUUUUUGCACUGGCACAGACAGAUGCAUCUUAUGGACCGUCAAUCCUUCGAGGUCUUGGAAAAGAACCGGUGGACGACAACCCACCUCAAGCUUGAGCGAUACUAGAAGCUCACUUUUGUGUCUUUUGUAUAUCUCCCAUUAUUUUUGCAAAGCACUAAAAGUGUGAAGGUGUAUAUGUAUAUUUUGCAAAACUUUGUUAUGUAAUGUAAGGUAUUUGAUGAUAUUUUGGAUGUGAAUUUGAUAACAUGUAAACCUUAUUGAUGCAUGGGGAGAGUAAUACUAGUUUGAGGUAUUAUCGAGGUCA